AUGUUCCAGGGGCCAAAUGCUCAGACCCUUGAGGUAGAGAACUCAAUGGUGGUUACUAAUGAGGCUUUAGAUGAUGUUGAGGGCUUAUUCCCCACCCCCUCAACGAGGACAGAGGACAAUGCAACUGUGGUUCGAGAGCCGGAGGAUGUUAUUACUUGCCACUUCCAGAUCAGUUUAUUAGCAAUGCCAGAAAUUCAGUCGGCUGACCAUGAAACAAAAACCCUUAGUAAUGAGUUUCAGGAACUCAUUCUUUCUCUCCCCAAAGAAAAAGGCUGGGUAGCCCUUCCCCAAUAUCUAUACCAAGGCUUCUGGUGCCCAACAGCGGAAGUACUCCAAGCCCUAAUCGCUUUUCAAAAGCACUUCCAAGCUAAGGACUCCGACAUAGUUGUGGCCAGUUUACCCAAAUGCGGCACCACAUGGUUGAAAGCCUUAGCUUUUGCUGUUGUUAAUCGACACCGUUUCCAAAUGAAGACCCAUCCCUUGCUCACUUCCAACUCCCAUAAGCUUGUUCCAUUCUUUGCAAUGGAUCUCUAUAUGAACAACCAAACUCCUGAUUUCUCAUCCAAGUUUCUUGAGCCAAGACUCUUUGGAACCCAUAUUCCUUUUCCUUCUCUGGGUAAAGUGACAGAGUCCAACUGUAAGAUCAUCUAUGUCUGCAGAAAUCCAUUUGACUCAUUCGUUUCUACUUGGCAUUUCAUCAACAAAGCCAGGCCACAGUCUUUAGGUCCAUUAUCCAUUGAUGAGGCCUUUGAUAUGUAUUGCCAAGGCAACGAUGGGUGGGGUCCAUUCUGGGAUCACAUUUUGGGUUACUGGAAAGAGAGCUUGAGGAGACCUAACAAUGUGUUGUUCUUGAAGUACGAGGAAAUGAGGAAAGAUGUUGUAUCUCACUUGAAAACAGUGGCCAAAUUUUUAGACUGCCCUUUUACUGAGGAGGAGGAGAUAAAUGGUGUGGUGGAAGACAUCGUGAAGCUCUGUUCUUUUGAGACCAUGAAGAACUUGGAGAUCAACAACACUGGAAUGUUGGUCAUGGACAUGGAGAAUAAGAGCCUGUUCCGAAAAGCUGAGGUGGGAGAUUGGGUUAACUAUUUCACCCCUGUGAUGGAGGAUAGAAUGUCCAAGGUCAUAGAAGAAAAGUUCGGUGGCUCUGGCUUGACUGCCGAAUGGAUUCCCGAGCGAGCAGAUCCUGUUAAGCAGAACUAGUUUUUGCUACCGUUGAUGAAAGCUCUGGUUGAUUUCACCAAUGAUGAACUGAUGAUGGUAUGUGCGUGUCUGCUAGUGUUUAUUUUCAGUUAAUAAAUGAGGGUUUCCUUUUUAUAAUCUUGUUGUUAUAAGUGCAAGGUUACCUUCCCGUAAUAUUACAUUUUCAUUCCAAAUUGUACGUUUAUAAUGCCACUGUAAUCUAAUAUUUCCUAUCUAAUUUCA